GGCGUCCUAUCUGUCUGUGUCCAGAGGAGAGGAGCGGCCGCCAUGUUAACCAAGAAGCCCGGAACCUCGGUCCUCCCGACGGGUGAGCACAGCCUCUUUAGCCGGCCCUAGAGUUGCCUUAGGCCGGCUAGUGUUGAGGGAACACACCGCCGAUUCCCUGCUUCUAAUUGACCCCUUUAAAUCCAUCUAAACUAAAACAUAACCGGGUGAGAAAGGGGGUGAAACACAGAGGAAAGGAAGGGCUAGGGUAGAAACAGCCUUUCUUCUUGUUGUUUAUUCAAUUAUCAGUAAUCUUAUUUUAGAAAAGGUGGGGCAUACUGGAGGAAAAAUUACGUUUAGAUGUACAAGUUUAACGAAAGGAAAGAAACCAAACUACAAGCUGCUCCAGACGUCUCCCUAGCCCAGUCUGUCAGGUUUAUUUUUAGCAGAUGAGAAGUGACAGCAGCAGCAGAAGAAGCAGGAUUCCCGGUGUGUUUACUGCAUGUUUAUAUCGGAUUUAACUCCUUUAUUGAUCCUCUAUAAUAACACUUGGUUUGUCUUAAGUGUCCGUUUGCCAAUUCGCGGUGUUUUAACGUUUGUGUAUUGUGUUAGCAAGGAAUGUUUUGCUCACGGACGAAUCGGCUCCUUUAAACGGCUCCUUGAACCGAAUUUCUUUAUCAACCACAACGGGCGUAUUUACAAGAUAUUUGCAUGUAUUUUUUUAAUGACACCCAAAAUGCAUUGAUAUAUAAAGUUGAUAAUGUUGUUAAUCUAUAAAAUUUUUAGUCCGAUGGGCUUUAAAUAAGUUAUUCAACCAACAAGUGGACUUGCUUGUAAGAGAUCAAGGAAGCUUUGUUUUAUUUUGUUAGUCAGCUGAAAGCCAAUUGAUUUUUAAUUAGCUCUUGAGGUGUACUUAUUCAAUAAACACUACCUAUUUAUAUUCUACAUUGUUGUAAAAACCUGAAAGGAUAUAGUUAUAAUGCGUAGCCUGCUAAAUGGGUCAUUAUUGUCACUAAAGGAAAAUUGGGGCACUGGCUAAUCUGUAGGUAAAUCAAACCAGUUUAGAAGGAAAUAUCUGCUAUUUUAAAGUUAAAAAUUGCCAGAUAUUAGGUUGAAAAUGUCAUGGUUAAAAAUAUUAUGUCGAGAGUCUGCAACUAGGCCAUCUUAAACAAGUUGCCAGGUUGUUUUUUAGGAUAACUUCAGCCUCAAUUUGGGUGGCUAUUUAAGCUUGAUUUUACAUAAGCUUUGCUAUGGCGCAAUAGCUAAGUAAGGUGAUAUACAUCUUCGUGCUAGCAAAGUAGACAUACGAAAUAUAACGGCAAUAUCAAACUGAAAGCUGUCUAGGAGCAGAAAGAGGUAACUCCCAUUUUUUGGGGUGAGCCAAAUGAUCUGGGUCCCAAAAAAUGGCUGGAAUUCUCCUCACUAAUGUUAGUUAUGGUAUUUUGGUGAUGUUCCGCAUGUGUGUGUGUGUGUGUGUGUGUGUGUGUGUGUGUGUGUGUGUGUUUUCUUGGUUGCCGGGUAAUUUUGGCCCCUUGGUCCGCAGACAGAAAUACAGCUUUAGUUCAGUCAGAGGUCACUUGGUUUUUCCUCGUCAGUGAAAUUUAUUUUUGCCAGCUGUCUGUUCUAAAAAAAAAAAAGGGCAAUUUAGAUUCUUGUGUAAUUGAAGUAGCUUGACUAACAUGCUAAUGCUAGGUCUUUGCUGUUGUUAUUAUGGUAAAUACUUAACUAAAGGUAGCGUCUAAAGCUGGUGAAAAUACUGGAGUUUUUUUUUCAUAAUUGAAAUUUGCCUUGGUAACAGUUAGAAUCUGGGCUAGUUUACCAGCAUUAGCAUCUUCCAGCCAAUUGGUUUCCAACAUGCUUGUGAAAAUGCUUUUGAGAUGAUUUAAUGCUGCGUUGAGUUACCUCGAAAGUCAGAAGUCCGACCUGAAAAUGACGUCACACCUGAGUUACCAGCGUUUCAGUUGCCAAGUCGGAAAAAAGCAAAAUCGGAGGCCUGAAACAAGAUGGCUACAUCUACGAAAGUUAUUUUAUUUCAGAACUUGCCUUAUAUUGGGACAAGGCAAGCACUAAAAUAACUUUCGUAGAUGUAGCCAUCUUGUUUCCGCCUCCUCUCUGUUUUUUUCUGACUUGGUAACUGAAACGCUGGUAACUCAGGUGUGAUGUCAUUUUCAGCUCGGACUGCUGACUUCCGAGGUCACUUGAACGCACCACAAGAAUACUAUGUUGGCACUGUUAUUUUUGUUACCAUCACUAACAUGAUAAUAUUUUGAAUACAAUGCAGUUCACCUGGAGUUUUCCAGGUUAACCCUUGUUUUAUAUGUACUAUUUUUGAAUUAAGGCGCUAAAGAAGCUUUUAGUUACUUCUAAAAUGUAAGAAUGGAAGUCUUUGAAAGGUUUUCACCGAGCCAUGUGACUGUAACUAACAUGUAGUUCGCUCCUUUGCUUAUAUAAGUGUAACUGUAGUUCGGAAAUAGGUUAUCUUACAGCAAACACUGGAUCUGAAGUAAACAUGUGAUUAUUAGUCAGGUCUUUGCUAAGCAGUGUAUAUUUACAUAGAGGCAAAUAUUAUUAUAUAAUGUAAACAUAUGGAACAAUUCCAUUGUGUAAAGCAUAGGUCUUUUACUGUUCAGAGAGCAGUGGCAAAUUUACAGAAAGUUUGAUGGAUUUCGUCAGUAUUGCAGUUUUCCACUGGUCUUGAUUUUGCAAGUGCCGUUAUUAUUGAGGUAGCUCUGGUGUUCUUGCAUUGAAAGUCCUUUUUUUCUCUCUACCAUAUUGGUAUUUGAGCUGCUUGGGUCUUUUUUUUCUACAGUAUUAACACUAAAAUGAUGUGUUCUUACCAGAUUUUGACCUUGUGGUUUUUUAAGCUUACGUCUGUUCUUUCACAGCAGGUUUUUCUUACAACUUUGAGUCUGUAAUCCCUGCCUUAAAUCCCUCUACAGCAUUCAUUCACCAUGUCUGCGGCUCCAUAAUCAGUUUAUUAGUGCUUUGAAUCUGUCAGUGUUUUCUCCUGUAGGCUGCGUGGAGACAGUUUGUGCUGCUUCAGGCUGCAUUAUCAGUUCUGUUCCAGUUUAUGUGUCCCAGUUUCAUCCAACUCUAUAAAGCAUGCAUUUUAUGUGCCUACAUUGAUGAAGCAAAGAGAUUUACAACCAACAUGUCUCAGUUAAACUAGGGCUUCCCAUUAGAGGCAAGUUGAAAUUCGAAAGCACCACAAACAUCAAGUAAAAGGAGCAUUUUCUGAGGUAAUGUUCAGUCAAGCUCUUGCUCGAAGCACACCACCACAGUCUUGCAAUUUUUGACUUUUGUCCAGCUGUGAGCGGCUCCUCGAUUUAGCCUCAGCAGUGGGAAGAAUGUCCAAUAAUACAUCCAGCACAAGCUAUUUUUAAGACCUCGGGAAGCUAAAAACAAACCGGUUUGUGAGAUGUUUCACAUUUCUUUGGAUCCUCGAUGUACUCAGUCUUUUUUACUGGGGAAACCGGUGCUCAGUUUUGGACUCAUGUGAAAUGACACUUGUUUUCACAUCUCUGCACAUGGCAAGUUGUUACAUCUGUGGGUGCAAAUGUCAAACUGUGUUUCCUGGAAAUUGCAAACAUUGCUAAAUGUUCUCUGCAAAUAUAGGUGGCUGGCAUGCAGCUCCAAACAGUGGUUGUUUUUUAUAUAACUUUUCUGAAACCAAAUAAGCAAGAAUAGAAUUGAAAUAAGUGGAUUCAAUGGGAUGUUUGUGAGAUUUUACGUAGGCUUCAAAAGUUUAAGUUGUGAGCCAAUAGCAUACAUUUUCUUCCAAUUUCACGAGAUAUUACAGAUGGAGGUUAAAAUUUAAAGGGUACAGUUAAUAAUUCAUGACUAAUUUAUGAACUACUAAGUAUUUAUUCUCUUUACAGUUGAAUUUCAAUCCACAGACCACCAUUUAAAAAACCAGGCUCUUGAGAAACUUGACUUUGGUGUUCUGAAUCACAGUCAAAGGUCUAUCUUUGUAGAGACUCACGUCACAUUUGAUGGUGCGUUUCGCUCUAAAGAUAAAGUUUAAACUGUGCUGCAGGCUUGAGCAACCCCAAACUCUUUUGCACCCUAAAAUUACUCAAAACCCUCAAAUAUGCAAAAACAAAACAUAGAUUGAACCCAGAAAUGGUAAAUAUUGUGCAACCAGGAUCUUAAAAAUGAUCAAUUCUUCUUCGGUGGUGCAUGAUAGACAGAUAUUAGGACAUCAGCAUUUAACAAGGAAGAGAAAGGAAUUCCUCCGAUGGUAGUUUCCUUGUCUCUGUUCCCUAAACUUUUUUAACUCAGCACCUUUGUUGGUUUGUGACCCCAUCGAGCGUCACAGCGCUGAACACCAUGGUCACGCUGCUGCAGGUUUUCCCACUCGUCCUGUCAAGCAGCAUGCCGGACGUGCUCGCCGCCGCUCUGGCAUCUGCAGCGCGGUGUCAGGUUCACAUUCAGCACCCUGCUUUUCCACUCUGCUAGCAUGCAUCUGUCAGGCCUGCAGGGAGGUUUUACUGCCUGUGCUCUCUCUGCAGUAUGGAUCUGUGUAACAUUAUCAUAUGUCCCGUACAGGCAGAGCUCAGUGUCGUCACACACUGCGGCGCCGCAGGCCUGUACGAAACUUCACAGACUAGAUUCAUCAGAGUCUAAAUAAUGCUCAUUACUGUCACAGAUGUCUUUUAACAUAUUGAUAACUAUUAUAAACGUUUGUACAGCUCUGUCAUAUGAAAAAUGCAGCUUAAAAUCUCUUUCAAGGUGGACAAAAUACUUGCAAAAACAAACAGAUAUUCUAUCAAAGUGAUGCCCUUUUGGUUAUGAGAAAUAUUAAAAUUGAAAACAUAGUGAGUGAUACUAAAAUCAAUAUUAACCACAUUACGCAAGGUUAUUUAAUCCAACCUACAAACACUAAUAAACCAGAAAGAAGGAAGCAGAUAUUCCUUUAUUAUAGCACUGAAUAAUAAAUCCACUACAGUGUCAGUUUUAAGGUCUUUACAGACGUCAAUAUUUUUUUUUCGAACCUGUAUCCUGUCAAUGUAAGCGUUAACAUCAGCAAUGUUUUCCCGUCCUGCGAUAUUGCGGCAUUUUUUUUUUGGAUCAUGGUCGAUUUUUCUAAAGUUUCGCGUACUGUGUGUCCACUUCUGACCAAUCAGAUUGCGUGUUGUUGCAACGUCGAAAUCACCAGUAUAUCCAACAUAUCCAACAUAUCUCACCGGCUAAUUGUUAACGUGUCGGAGAACAGAGUGCUUUUUGAUAAAAAAAAAAACAAAUAUUACAAAGAUGACGACCUGAAGGACAACAUGUGGAGAGUCAUAGCGUUGGAUUUCUCAUAUGACGAUGGUUUAUGUGCUUUAACAGUUUGCUAAACGUCUUUGUUUUAACUUUCAUCUGUGCUAAUGUAUGCUAACGGUUGUUACCAUAGUUUCAUGUGCUUAUCUGGUACUGGCCCCGACUCAGUAUUUGCUAUCAUGACAGAAAGCCAUCUCAACACUAGUGUCUAAUCAGAACUGAAAACAAUCAGCGACCGUGGUACAGUUUCAGCUCCUGAACCAAGCAGUGAAACUCACCAAGUUCUCUUCUUUUUUGUAAUAUUGGAUGCACCCAUGUGCUACGUUUCUUUUUCUUUAGAGAAAGCAGAAGAAGUACCAAUUCGCCAUCACUUCAAGUUGAAGUAGACUCCAUUUUUGUCCUCUCGCUUCCACCCAGGACUCUGGUCGUUAAGAGAAGGUCCUGCCCUCCUUCGCCUCUGAUUGGCUAUAAGUGCUGACCGUUUGGCUUGAGUGUUUGAUGACGUUUCCAGCUUUUCUAGCCAAUCAGAGAUGAAGGAGGUGGGACUUUGUGCCUUUUUCCCCCCGGAAAGUCGCAAGAUAGCAUCGGGCUUGAUGUGUAUAGUCAGGCGCGUCAAAAUCCGCCUUUGAAUAUUUCGUGAUUUUGCGUUCUAUAUUCAUGUCUCCCGCUGUGUAAGGACCUUUAGUCACAUUUAUUGAGCUACGGCCCUCACAGGUUUGCCUGUUUUGUUUAAAAAUUACUAUAGGAUUAACCCAGCAGUUAAAAAUUGUUUUAUUUUGAUCAAAUAUAUUUAUCCCUUACAAAACCUCACCAUACAACUGAACCACUUCAGUCUGGCUCUCAGAGAUUCUGCAUUUCUCUUUAUCAUAUCAGAAAUAUUAUGAAAUGCAAAUUUAAGUCGAUUUCCAUCUGCUGCCAGAGUGUCUUAUGUUUAUGCUCUACGCCUGCAUUCAGCUAACUUACUCAUAAAUAAACUGAUGAGUGUCUUUGUAAGUGUUUUAGCGAUUUCUCUGAGACAGGAAAUUUUGAGUUGAAAGCUUUGUCCACUGUUUGUUGAAGUGUGCACGCCAGUUUUGUGUAUCUGGCCUGUCUCUUGUUGUUGUUAGAAGCUAAUCAAUAUAGCGAGGAGUGUAUGAAGAUAUAUUACAAUAUUGAUUUUUUUUUUUUGGCCCAAGCAGCAGCUGUUUUCUUGGUACAGUGUUUUAGAGUUGAAGCUGAGGUGUCCAUCACGGCUGAGAAAGCAUCUGUAAAUGUUUUGUUUUGUUGUUCAAACUGACCAAAUUGUUAAAAUGUUCAAUUUAAAACCACAUGAAACAAAAGAAAUCAUUCAAACUGAGGGAUCAGCUCCCCCCCUGAGAGGCUGAAACAGCUGAACAUGUAGCAUUUUUACCGGAUCAAUAACCUGAAUGAUGCAACGGUUAGUCAGUGAAAUUGGUUCUGCAUCAGUCUGCAGGAGAGUAAAUAAAAACUCCCCACCUGGAUGAGGCUGACAGCACAGCAGAUGUCUGAUAUAAUCAGGAUUAAAGUGUAUUGAUAACACUCAUAUUGAUUGUUUGUGUGGGUCAUUAGCAGGAUUGCAGCCCCGCUUCAUGUUUCACUGCAGACGCUUUCUGCUGAGUCAGCACUUGGCGGCUCGCAGUCCCGAUUGGAGUCACUUUUUCAGAUGUGUUGUGGUGUUUCUGCUUGUUCUCGGUCAUGUUAUCCUCGCACAGUGAGUCUUUGUGUGGCUGCAGAAUGUGGUUUGUGUAUCUGACUCGUCCUCAUUAGCAGGAUUACUGCGAGCGUUCAGAUUAGAGACCAUCUGUCCGUGUAAACCUGCACGAGAGCUGGACGGUAGCCUGUGAGGGUCCAUUCAUUCAUUCAUUUAAUCACCCUCAUACUUUUUAAUGCAUCAUAAAACCUGCAGAUGUUUGCCGCAGAUUCAGGAAACCGUCAUGAAUUUCGAUCAGAGAUUUUCAAAAUGGAUCCUGGCUGAGCUGAAUGUUUAGUUGAGAAUGUUUUAAAGAAAAAUGUUCAAACAUUUAUAUCUUUUUUUUUUGUUUGUUUGUUUGUUUGAUGUUAGUUAAAUUUCUUUAGGGUUAUAUAUUUAUCUGGAUUUACUACUCCUGGAAAAGGAGAUUUUUAGGGUUAGAUACUCUGAUCACACACCGGAACGAUUUAUUAAGACUGCUAGACCUCACACCGAAAGUCUGCUGUAACAAUUCCACUCAGUACAGUUAUCUUUUGUUCAAAAAAUCUAUUUUCCAUUAGCCGGAGUGAAACUGGACUCUUAAAAACAUUAUAGCACAUCAGUACAACUGAUAAUAGGUUUGAUUGAGUUUCUCUUCAAUGUUUACAAUGUAAUCUGACUUAAACAGGCUUUAUGCUGCGUUCGAGUUACCUCGGAAGUCAGAUCUCGGAGCUCAAAAUCACGUCACACGAAGUCGAAAAAAAGCAAAAUCGGAGGCGGAAACAAGAUGGCUACAUUGACGAAAGUUAUUUUAGCGCUUGCCUUGUACUUGUUAUAUUUGCUAAAGUAACCUUCAUAGAUGUAGCCAUCUUGUUUCCACCCCUGAUUUUGCUUUUGUCCGACUUGCGCUGGUAACUUGGGUGUGACGUUAUUUUCAGCACCGACAUCUGACUUCUGAGGGAACUCGAACGCAGCAUUAGUGCUCUGUACAGUUCACAUGUCGACUUGUUAACUUGAACAGUGAAUAGCAUAAAUGUGAUGAAAGAAAACGGGUGGUUGACAAAACUUUGACAAAGCUAAAAGGGGGGUAUAGUUCAACAUACAGCAAACAGUUGGCCUCUUGCUAAUAAGUUUCUCCUUUGUUUUGAUUCGCGACAUAUGAAGUCAACUCGGAGAUUGGCGACCAAUUGGGAUCCAUUUUCUCUUUCAUGUGUAACGUUCUGAGCAUGCUCCAAAAACCUAAACCAGGAUUUAAAAAAGAUGAAAUACUCGUAUCAUAGGAACAAAAGGUACAGAGCUGUAAAAGUUUCAUCCUGUUAUCCACUCGCUUACAUGAUUUUGAUUGUUUUGGUUCAUAAUAGAUUGACCAGAAGGCGACCCUGUAGUAAUGAACAGAGAGGGGCGAGGGGCGUGUCAGUGUCAAUUAAUCCUUGUAAACUGGUACAAGGAUAGUAAUCAAUUAGAAUCAGCCAGUUGAGCUUUAACCCCAGCUCUACUUAACUGUACAUGUGAAUGAAUAGACAGAUUCCUCAGACGUGAAAUCUCAUAGGAAGUUGCACAUCAGGUUGGUGAGAAUUUCCAGUUUGUUCCUCCCCUCAUGGGUUAUUGAGAUAUUACGUCAGGGUAGUCUGUAAAUAUCUACGGUGCCAGGUCUGGGAGGCUCCAAAUUGAUAAAAUACCCAUAAAAACAUGACGCCUUGGAAGGUGAGGCUGGCCUCACUGUAGGCGAUUUUGGGCUAAAUUUGGAGCCUGAUUCACCAGCUCCAUUGACAAGAGGAGCUUUCUGAUUUUGGUUUGAACAAUUUCCGUUUCUAUCAAGAACAGAAAAGCAGACUUAAACUUGUGUGUCUUAUUAAAUCUACAAAUCUCAGAUACUUAAACCUUCCCUGCCUGCAGAUGUUACAUUCUUAACUUCUUCAUAAAUUAAAAGGUUUAAGGAAGACUCGAUGGAAAUGUAUUCUAUAAUUUUCUCUAUCUCACAAAACUUUGGUACAGGAGAUUUUAUCACGCUCAGCUUAAAUUUGACUGAGUAUCUUCAAAAGUAAUCUCCUUCAUGCUGCUGCGUGUUUUAAUCUGGAUGUUGUGACAGAACAGAACAAAACAGAUGGAGUCCGACUGGAUCAGCUCAAACGAGGGAAAGUCAGUCAAAAUACAACACACCACUGUUCAACAUUUAUGAUCGAGGUCUGCUGCGACCUCUGACCUUUGACCCCUCUGUGCCGCGUCUGCUGUCAUGUAGCUGUUAAGAGUGGAGAGAGAAAGAGGGAGGGAGGUAGAGAGAGGUAGGCGGUAUUUUGAGGAUUAUCAGUCUGUAUUAAAACCUUCAUCCUUCCUAAACUGGGUCAACUUGCUGGAUCUACAGACUCCAGACUGGACCAGAUCUCUGUGACCCGGGUCAGAGCGGAACAAGACUGUGUCAGUUCAUUUUAGUUCAGAUUUACACUCAGGGACACCUGGAUUAUACCUGUGACAAAGAAUACUCCAUUUUGGCUCAGGUGUACUUAUUUUAUUUGGUAUACAAACAAAAAUCUUGCCUGUGGCGUUUUCGGGUUUGCAAAUUGACGUUCGCUGCGAUCAGAAAAGUGUACUGCUGCUCUAUAGAGCCAUUCUGUGAUAUUAGUUGAAAUUGAGUCACUUCUGUGUGUGAUCUGUGGGAGUUUGCAGCUUGUAGCGCCGCACUGAGUGAUGUAGGAAACACACCACAAGAUAAUCUGAUUCUUGGCCCAAUUCCCUCUUACAAAAGGCAGCAAAUUCCUGAUUUUCUGACGGCUCCAAACAGAAUCUCGCCACUUUUUCAUGUGGUGUGAGGCGUAUUGGGAGUGAUUUUACUUCCUCUCAUCUGCUAGGAAGACCACUAUGGCUGCACCAAUUUUAAAUGUUAUCAUUAUGUUGUAAUUUGUAAUUCUAACCAGUCUGAGACUGUGACGAUGGAGAGAAAAUUGGAGCUGUUUGGAAUAAAGGAUGAGUGCACAAUAUUUGUUUUGAGUUUUAUCACCUUCACUGUUAAGUUGGGCUCGGCAAUUCUGGGCCUGUUAAGAUCAGCUGAUUGCAGAUAAAGCCUCUGAUUGGUUGGCGUACAACAACAAAGAUGACAAUCAAUGAGUAUAGUCAGCUGAUUAGAGAAAUCACAAUAUAUCACUUAAUUUAUGUAAAAAUUCAUUUCAUUUUUGGAAGAUUGGAUUUGAACAGUCUCUGGAAAUACAGCAAUCUUCUUUGUUGAAAAGAAAAUUUCUUGGAUGUUGCAGAAACAGAUGGAGUUUAUCGACAGAAAGCUACCAGUUGAACGAAGCAAGUGGAUUUUAUUGUACAUUUUGAGGUCAUACUAUUCUGUUCGUAUGCUGCGUUCCAGUUGUACUUGGAAAUCGGGAUUUCCAAGCUCUGAGUGGGAAAUAAUCCGGAACACCCCCCUGAAUUCGGAUUUCCAUCUCGGAAAAUCGGCCGAUCCUUGCCAACCCCAACUUGACAACAAUGUCAUAAUUCAAGAUGGCAGCGCAGUGCAUCAACAGUAAAAGCUUUAGUAAUGUUUUAUGUAUUAGCACUUCUGUUUUGUUUUUGUGAAAUAAAAUAAGUGGUAUAUGUUGUACUGUGCAACAGUUAACUGCAAACAUGGUGCUAUGGUGUUUGUAGAGUAAAAUACUGUGUUGUGCUUUGUUUACAACUGGUAUCGCUUACAACCGCUAACACAACUGACAACCGCUAACGACAGCCGACAGUUGUAAACAACAGCUAACGAAGGGUAACUGUAGGCGUCCAUCUUGGUUUUCCGACUUGUUAACUGGAACGCUGUCAACUCAGGUAUAGCGUCAUUCCCAGCUCCGACUUCCGAGGUAACUGGAACGCAGCAUUAAAGCCGAUAUUGUGAGCGCAACAGUUUCAUCUUGUGUACCACAGUGCUUUGGACUGACUGCCUCUCACGAUGCCUUAUGUCAUUGUUUUGAAGGCACGCCAAACUUAUCUAAAGGUCUAUUUGCAAGGGAAUGACAAGACAAAGUAUGUGCAUGCUGUUUCCAUAAACCCAGAAUAGCACUUAACUGAAUGGUAUAGAUCAUCUCUAUGUAUCAGCGUCUCUCAGCAGCACUCGGUCUCGCUAUUUGAGUCGGUGUCAGACCAGAAUUUGAUAUCAGGAUCAGACCAAUGGAUUUCUAGUCUGGGUAAUCGAAAUAAAGUUACAGCCACAUCUCAGAUUGUGUUCAAAUGACACCAACUGGCAGCCCAAGACUGGAGUAAACAUGUCAUUCAGGUUGUCAGAGUUCCUGUCGAGCUGUGAUAGGUGUAUUUAAGGAAAGAUUUAUGCUCCUAUGACAGUCAGUUUGCUUACAAAGCUGUUCUAUAUCCAGAGCAAGAAAGACCCUGUCUCUAUCUGUCACUGUCUAUAAGUGUGGGUGUGUGUUAGUGUGUGUUUGUGUGUUUGUGUCUACGUCUGAGUCCAGUCCAGACGCGUCUAAUCUAACACUGAUUAGUUUUCUCUCUGUAUAAACACUGACGUCUUCUGCACUCAAAUAACCUGCAGGGAUUUUCAGACAUUUUAGCAGAUUGACGAGUGUUCCUGUUGCCCGUGUACAGUGUGUGUGUGAAACUGUGUGUUACAUAACAAGCUCUUUUUGGUGGUCUCAGUCAUGUGAUCUGUGGUAUGUUGAAGAGAGGCAGCGACACAACUUGUACUUCCAGUUUAAGAUCACUGGCAGCCCCGCUGUGAGGACUUUAGAGACACAGUCAGCAAAUAGCUCCACUGCUAACUGCUGCUAAUAAAACCACAUUUCACUUUUCUCUAGCUGCUCUUCAGACACACUUGGGGUUGUUUGAAGGUAGUUUUGAUGGAGCUGCGUCAGCGGUUUGCCCAUUUUUCCGGUCUGUAUGAGCAACACCAAGGAAGAAUAAAAACAUACGCCUUCAAUCCCAGAAAAGCUUGGACGCCGAUUCUGAUUCUGAUCUUUUGCAAAUCCUCUAGAGACUAUAUUUGACAGGAAAAAGCUGCGAAGGCAGCUUAUAUAAUGCUGAAACCAAUAAAAUAUAUGCGCUCGCUUUGAUUGUGAUACCGGAAACCUGUUUAAAAAAGUUGAAAUAAAGGCGAAUUUACCUGAAUGUGUCAUUAGCUCUGCUUUUACAAUCACCCUGUUAGUGUUAGUGAACCCAGGAGACCAGUUUCUAGAGUUUGGGAAGUGAAAUGUUGCCCCUGCCUGAUAUAGGAUUUCAGCUGCUCAACAGUUCAGGGUCACGUUUUGUGUCCUAGAGAACAUGGUGUCCAUGAUUUCCAAGUAGAACAUCAGAUUUUCAAUUUGUCAGAACACAGGACAGUUUUUCUCUUUUGCCUCAGUCCAAUUUGAAGAGGCCCAGGCUUAGAGAAGUCUCCAGUCUAUCUGGAUCACCUUUAGUCCUUUUUGCAGGAUUUCACCUGCAUUUGUAGAUGUCCUCCCACAUGUGGAAGUUACCCAUGCCAUGGACACACAUAUCUGCUUUUGAACUGUACGCAGAUGAUGAAGUGGCUGGUACCCGUCACCUUGAGAGCAGAGGACAAUGCGUCCAUGUUUUUUGAGCACAUGCAGCAACUUCCACUACAGAGCCAUGCCUGUUUUUAAUGCUGUGCUGCCUCAGGGCCUGAGGAUCAGGGCGGUCCAGUAUUGGUUUCUGUCCUUGUCCUUUUUGUACAGAGCAGGGCUCGACAGUGCGAACGUUUCACCUGCAUUUGCAACAAAAAAUAGAUGUGUGCGAAUUGUAAAAUGUAUUUAGGGGCACAUGUGCGCAUUAAAAAAAAAAUGUUUUUUCAUGUAAAUACAGUGGUGUAGUUAGUUUUAGGUUGGAUAUCUGACAGACAUGCGCCUCUUAUCUACCAGUGUCUUCUCACUCUCCAUAACCGGGAAUAGCAACAGCAGCGUGGUUAUAUCUACUCAGCACCCUCACUGUCAACAUCGGGUGUUUAAUAAGGGCCAUCAAUAAAUUACCUGUUGAUGUUCUCAAAAAAGGCUGUUUUCCUUCAAUAGCUUCCAUGUCAUGUGACCAAUUGACCUAAAAUUAAUUUCAAAUAAUAGAACUUAUGUCGACCAGUAAGACACACAUUAUGUGAUCAAUUGUUACUAAAGUUCUUUGUGUGCUCCUUACUUUUUGAACUUAGGAGCACACGUACUCCUUGUGAAAUAAAUUAGUGUCAAGCCCUGCAGAGAUUUCUCCAGAAUCUCAGAAUCUUUGAAUGAUGUUGUGUACUGUUUGCUCACACAGUCUUUCACAGAGUGAUGAAUCUCUUCCCAUCUUUCUUUCAGUAAAACAGUAAAUCUCAAAGUUUGAACAUCAGAUUUGAUCAUUUUUCAACAUUAUUUUUAAUUAAAAUCAUUUGCAUGCCAUCAAAAUCAGUUUUUACCAAAAUGUUACAGCAUCUUAGCUCGUGUAAUUGGGGUUGCAGCAGAUCAACUAAGUCUAGUCGCUGUAGCUUGUCAAGAUAACAAAUGUCAAAGUCUCUGUUUUUGUGUGUUUCAGGCAAAGGAGGCGAGCCGGUCUACUCUCCCGGUCACAGUGGCUCUCAAACGACAUCUCCCGUUGCCCUCCCGCGGCUCCAAAAUAACAACCAAAACCCUCUUACGGUAUGAGCACACACUUGGAUUUGGAGCAUGGAUUUAUCCUCUCACACUCACAGUGUUUUUCUGUAGCUUCAUAGAAAAUAAUUCUUAUGAAACACACUAAGAAAGUUUUCUAACUUUUUGACCUGUUUUAGGAGUCCUUUAGUUUACUUGUCAUUGUGUAUUUGUUUGGGUGUAAUAUCUGAGGCUGUAGUUGGACCAGAGUGCUGCUGUUAGCGUGUUAGCCUUCUGUUAGCCCUCUGGAGCAGCACUCCUCUGUAACAGUCAGCUGUAGCCUCUCAGCUAAUAAUAACCCACAGCUCCUGGAUGCUUUAAACAGCUGAUUGGUUUAAAGGCUGGUGUGAAGGACACACACACACACACCCACAUACACACACUUACAAAGGUCUAAUGGUAUAACAAGACUGAUGCAGCAUUUAUAUAGCCCAUUAGCCUCAGAGUGAUGCCCUUCACUGCUAGCUUUAGUAUUGAUUUCUGUAACAGCACAGUGAAGGCUUUUGGGAGGGUUUGGAUCAUCUUUCAGGAGGAGGAGGUGCCGCUUUGUUUCAAACCACAUUUGUACAGCAGAUGAAUCUGUUUAUUGGCUCGAGAAGAUUUUACAACCUUUAAUGACCCGUAACUACAGUAAAAACUCAUUUCAAGGGGGUCAAGGUAACAUAUUUGAUGUCAUAAAUGGGGAUAUCAUAUUAAGGUGAUAUCACUACAGCAAGUCUAUGACUCAAUAUUAAUUACAAAAUUUAAAAGGACGAGAGAAGACUUGGAUAAAACUACAUUACUAUAGCUCUGAGAAGCUGUUUAAGUCCACCCAGGACUCGUACAAGGAAGUUUGAAAGGUUGCAGUUUCAUAUGUAGCAUCUAUUUAAUUUUCCUGGUAAGGCAAACUUCUCCUGUGUUAUUCAAGUUUCUCACCACAACCUAAUCUUGUUUUCCUGAUGCUACAUUUAAAUACAUCAUAACACUAUAUAAUUUAUUUUACCCAUCACCUCCAACACAUCAUAAUGUUACCAUAUCAUCACCUCUUUUUCAGUCUUUACCACCUGGCUUCCUUGCAUUGCAUUUAUGCUAUCCAACUCCAAGGCUAAAUCCCGGCAUGCAGACUGUUUAGCGUGCGCAGAACGCUCGGGCCACUUUUAGUUUGAUUGAGCCGUAAACAUGGAAGAGAAAAUCUAUCCCUGUGCACAAUAUCUCGGCAUGUUACUCCAGCUAUGAGACGUUCGAUUGCAGCCGUACUAACAAGUUGACAUGUAUUUUAAAAGAUCGGUUUCAGUCAGACUAAUGCAGUAAAUCAACAAUUUUAACGUGUGAAUGUACUAAAUUACCUGAUUUGGAUUGAGUGUAGCGCUCUACCUGCAUGCUUAACUCUGCCAUACCUCUUUUGCUGAAAUAGCCACUUUGUAAACAGUCAACAUACAGUCCUGUCGUUAUCUAUUAUCGCACUAUUUGUAGUUCAAAACCUCAAAUACUUCCACAAGAUGUUUUCCAGGUACUCUGGUGUCGUCAUUGUCCGCUCAGAUAGGUUCAUGCACCAAAACAGUGUAUUAUGGAUCUGAACUGCUUAUUUACCUAUUUUAAUUAUGACCUUAAGUUCGAAUUAAGACUGGACUUUGUGAUAAAAAUUGACAGCCUUAGUCCUAAUGUGCACAUGUGCUACUUAAUCUUGUUUAAAGUGACACAAUUGGACGAAGAGUACUUUGAUGGUGUUAAAUUUCACAUUUUCAGAUGUAAAAAACAAAGUACAUGUUACAACCAAACAAACGUCCACUAACACAAUUAAUGUAGGUGUGCAGCCUGAAAUGCUAAUAAUGUGAGUAAAGAAUUGUAAAUAUAUUCUUAAGAUUAUCACUUGACUCACUGUUUGGAUCAGUUUCUGCACACAGUGACACAGAGACUGGUUUUAUGGUUGAUACUGUGUGUGUGUGUGUGUGUGUGUGUGUGUGUGUGUGUGUGUGUGUGUGUGUGUGUGUGUGUGUGUCAGCAGUUACAGUGAUACCUGAGAACAAAGUGUUUGGUUUUGUUGACUCCUCCCUCACCUGACAACACCUGGUGACUCACACACUGUUAUUGUUUUGGUUUCAUCACUUCCUUUUUGUACAGCAGAGUCCUCUCAUUGGCUAGCUUACCACACACACACAGACACACACACGUUCAUACACAGCUGCUUAGUUCAAAGACCGGCCGCUUUACACAAAAUAACAAUACCUCUGUGUUUGUGAGUGUUUCUCUGUGUGUGCGCGAAUUGAGACCAAAUGCACCUCUGUUAUCUGAAAGGACCCAGGUGUGCUGGUCGCCACGACAACAGGGAGUGACUCACUGAGCGAGAGACAAAGAGACAAAUGAGAGAGAGCCAGACAGCUGUUUCUCUGUGUGUUAUGUACAGUUGGAGCGCUUUUUUGUUGGCGUUUUAUAUCCAUAUUUUUAUUGUCAGUCAUUUAAAUUCUGGAAAAGACAGAUUUUUAGAAAUUAUGUUGUAAAAAGCACAUUUAUAUCUACUUUUAGUGUUUCUUUUUAUCUCUGCAUAAUAUUACAUUGAUGUUUUUAUUCUACCUGGGCCAUUAAGGACUCUGUUCUGCAGUUUAUACUAGUGGUAGAAUGAGGGUCAAUAAUCAGUUUAUUACAAAGAUAUAUGUACGUUUUAUACUCAGUGUUGUUUAGCAUUUGUAGAGAUUACAGUACACUUCACAGUUCUUUGACUAACUUGCACCUAAACGUUACUUUUAUUACUGAUUUCUGUGAUUUAAAGGUUAAUAUCAGGUUGAAAUUUUCACUUAAAGCCACAGUGUGAAAUAUUUAUCCAAACAGACUUAUUAGCAUGGAAAUAUGUCACUCAUUAAUAUGUGUUGACAAGUGUAUGAUUUCCUGAAUUUAGAAUAAGCCUUUAACUUCUACAUAGGAUGCUGAACUCCCAUAGAGGCAGCCAUCUUGCACCGCCAUGUUUCUACAGUAGCACAAAGCAGAUAAACUAGUAACAUGUGUUUUUGUAUUUUGGUGAUUUUAGUUAAGAGGAAGAGAAGGGUUGUGUUGUGUUGUGUACCAAAAAUGUAUUGAUAAGAGACUUUUGGUGGUAGAAACCUGACAAAGGAAGGAUCAUGCAGGAGCUUUUUGUCCUUGAAGGCUACUGUUGCUUCACCCUAAUGUUCACAACAACCCCUUACACACAUGCACUUUGGUAUUGAACUUAUCAGGACUUUAACCUGCAUGUGAAAACACAAAGUCCUAAUCAGUUGACCUGAUUUUAAACGGACUUUACCCUGCCAGCUCCUGAGUACAAAGUCUGUGUAAAAUCCCACAGAGCUGAAGUUUGAACACAGCAGGUGAAUGACUUGAAAAGCCUCCUCUGUGUUAAACCUGCUUGUUGCUAAAUAAUGCUCUUAAAUCUUACUACAAUGUGAGCCUCGUGCAGGAAGUGGCAUUAAUUCUUUGUCAGUUUGGUGUUUAUAUUUAACUAUUUACCAGAAUGCAGAAUUUUUGAGGGGAAAGGGCCAGAGAAGCUCAGGAAAUCCAGGAUUUAAAAACAGUAAUCAUCACAAGAAACGCUUGAAAGUUACAGUCUGAUUCUUCACCUUUCCAUCUUUGGCUCUCAGCUGAUCCCUGUCUCUGUGUUACCCCUCAGGGAGGCUCUAAAAUCGCCAUGUCGGACGCCGUCCAGCUCUCGUCGCAGUCGCAGGUCCAUGUCACCCAGCUGUACGAGGAGAACACCAACAAGCGUCCGGUCCUCACCUCCCAACCCAACGGCCUGGCUCCUCUCAGCUCCACCCGGCCGGGCCUGCCGCUGCCCGACCGCCAGACCUCGGCCACCGAAACCCCCCACCACUGCCGGCAGGGCAGCGCCGCCUCCAACAAGUCGACAGACAGUAAGCCAAAGCCCUCUCCUCUGAGCCCCGAGCAGGCCAUGAAGCAGUUCAUGUCCAAGAUGUCGUCGUUUGAACACCACGAGGUCUUCAGCUACCCAGAAGGUACGUACACAACCCUGUUUUUAACCCUUAGAAUAAAGAAUCUGAACCUUACCUUCCAUGGAUGGAUUGCUAAAGGAUCAUGUGCUUCCUCUUCUUAGUGUUUUUUGUCGGUCCAAAUGCCAAGAAGAGAUCAGGAGUGAUGGGAGGAGCCAACAAUGGCGGCUAUGAUGACGAUCAGGGAUCAUACAUCCACGUUCCACACGACCACAUUUCAUACCGCUACGAAGUCCUCAAGGUCAUCGGCAAGGGCAGCUUCGGACAGGUACAGCUGCAGAUCCAUAGUCCAUCGUUUUCUCUGUUUGUUUCACUGUGUAGAAGUUGCUUGUUGGAGCCAUUGCUGUGUUGAUUAUUGAAUAAUGUGACACAAUAAUAUCAGUGAAUCCAGCUUGUUGGUGCAACAAAUCAGCCAGUGUUGCUGUUGAUGCAAUGCUUUUGUAAACCAACUGAUCUUUCAUAAAUCUGAUUGGUCUGUAAGUAAAACUAACACUGAGUAACUUUCACUCAGAAGUUUUAUAGCAAAGUUAUUGUGCGCCAAUAAUCCUCUGAUUCAAUCAUAAUAACACAUAAUGUGUUAAACCCGCUUUGGCUGAUUUCUGAUGUAGAGAAUUUAAGGUUCUCAGAGAAACAGAAAACGCAUCAAGUUAAGUUGAAGUAGAAAACAACCGUCUUAUCUUUGCCUGACAGAGAAUAAUUCGUUUCAGUUUAUUUUUCCAGCAAACUGAAAAAUAAUCUGAGUCCGGUCUCCCUCCUUCCUCCAGGUGGUAAAGGCCUUCGACCACAAGUCUCAGGCCCACGUGGCCCUGAAGAUGGUCCGCAAUGAAAAGCGUUUCCACCGGCAGGCGGCAGAGGAGAUCCGCAUCCUGGAGCACCUGAGGAAGCAGGAUAAAGACUCGAGUAUGAACGUGAUCCACAUGCUUGAGAACUUCACCUUCAGGAACCACAUCUGCAUGACCUUCGAGCUGCUCAGCAUGAACCUGUACGAGCUCAUCAAGAAGAAUAAGUUCCAGGGCUUCAGCCUCCCGCUGGUCAGGAAGUUCGCCCACUCCAUCCUGCAGUGCCUGGACUCGCUGCACAAGAACCGCAUCAUCCACUGCGACCUCAAGCCUGAGAACAUUUUACUCAAGCAGCAAGGACGCAGCGGCAUCAAGGUACGACGGACGAAUCCAGUCUGUGCCGCCAAAAACUUGAUGCUCUGUCUUUAAGCCAACCUCUCUGUCUCUCUUCAGGUCAUUGAUUUUGGGUCUAGCUGUUACGAACAUCAGAGAGUUUACACCUACAUCCAGUCCAGGUUCUACAGAGCGCCGGAGGUCAUUCUGGGUGAGAACAAAAGUAGCUUUAGAUUUCACUUAAAGUUUAGUGGUGUUUUCCUUGCAGCCUUGAAAAUUUAAUUUGUAGAGUUAAGGUUCUCUGCAGGGUUCAUAUUCAUUUGCAGGUUAAAGUUUGAAUUUUGAAGGACAAGAAAAACACAUCAUAGCACAUACUGGUGGCAUUAAGGAUAGUGGCAUUAAGACUAGAAAUUAAUUCUAUUAUUUUUGCGAUUGUGUGCUAUUUGUACCUGAUAGUUAAGCAGCUAUAGCUUUUUUACGAGAUGGCCCCAGUAAUACACUUUGUGUCAUGAAACUAAGCGAGACUCCCUAAAGGUGCAAGUGCUAUUGCUUCAACCAGGAAUCACUGGACAUCAGUUGUCAGAAAUACCCCAGAGUAUCUACACACCAUAUUGACUCAUUGUCUUUCUCAAAAGUGUAACUUAAAAAGAAUAAAAAUAUUAUCUGACAGAGUUAGUGCUUUGACAUCAUCUUCUACCUUUGAGUCAUAGUUUCAGUGGUGUAUUUGAGUAAUGAAUCUAAAAGUCAAGAUCAUUAUCAUAAUUUCAAGCUGUUAGCUAUUCAAGUCCUGUGAAAAAUUGUAAUUCAAAGUUUAUCAUUUAAUAGAUCUAGUAAAAAUUAUUAAGUACGACGUGUAAUAAUCCCUGGUUAUAGUGUCAUUGCUGGUUAAACUCUUGUUUCUAUGGGUUGAUCUUCUCUCCAGGCUCCAGGUAUGGGAUGCCAAUCGAUAUGUGGUCCCUGGGCUGCAUCCUAGCCGAGCUGCUUACCGGAUACCCUCUGUUGCCAGGCGAGGAUGAAGCAGACCAACUGGCCUGUAUCAUCGAACUUCUGGGCAUGCCCAGUCAGAAGCUCCUGGAUGCCUCUAAGAGAGCCAAGAACUUUGUGUCGUCUAAAGGAUACCCUCGGUACUGCACUGUCACCACACUGCCUGAUGGCACCACCGUGCUGAACGGCGGACGCUCACGGAGGGGGAAGGUACGCGGCCCACCGGGCAGCAAGGACUGGAGCGCAGCUCUGAAGGGCUGUGACGACCCGCUGUUCCUGGACUUCCUAAAACAGUGUCUGGAGUGGGACCCGUCGCUGAGGAUGACGCCCAGCCAGGCACUGCGCCACCCUUGGCUAAGAAGGCGACUUCCUAAACCGCCAACAGGAACAACCACAGGAGAAAAGACUUCCUCCUCUUCCAAACGGGGAACCACCACCUCCGACGGCACGAUCACCUCCAUCUCCAAGCUCGCCACCACCUCCUCAACCACCACGUCCUCCUCAAAAACCAGGACUAACUUGGCAGCAAUCACCGAUGCCAACGGAAAUAUUCAACCUCGGACGGUUCUGCCCAAGCUGGUCAGCUGAGAGUGAAAACAUCCCGCCUGCUGUGGCGGGAAAUAAAAGCGCCGAUCACAAGCAUCCAUUAGCAGUCAGCUGGAACUGGAUAAAACUGGUUUGAUCCAGUUUUAAAGAGCGUUUGUUUUUUCACGCUGGUUUUCACAGCGUUGUUGGAGUGCUUUCAGGACAAAUACAGCCAUGGAAACUUAGUGUUGGAGUGUUAAAAUGUGCAGCAUGGCCAGGCUGGGAUGUAAGCCGAGCUGAAGGAAACUUUACCGAUAGAUUGGGGUGCGUUCAGACUCCUCAGUCUUUAGGCUAAAAAACACAUAGUUGUGUUAAUGUGGGAGCAGUGAGUCAGGCCUGACCUCACAAACAUAUUUGAAAUGAUUGUGGAGCUGCUCAGACAAUCAGAACACACACUCUGUAGCUCCAAACAUACAAACAAACAUGGUGCUGACUGAGGGAACAAGACUUUUUAUGCUUUUAAUCGAGCUGAUAGUCAAGUCAUUGAUUAGAUGCCAAAAAUCUAUGUUUUAAUGACCUUAAUCUUACAAGGAUAUAUCUGCACACAAAAGUAGAGUAAUAGCUAAUGUUUACUGAUCAAUAAGCCAAGAUAUAUGCUUCUAAUGCUAAGGUCACGGCUGCAAAAAAUGCCACAAUUAGCUUGCUCGUCUGUCAUAUCACAAAGGCUUUGUCCACAUGGUAACAGAUAUUUUUUAGAACAUUUAUUUCUGCUCAUCAUUUGUCCCCACAAUGACCUCAUGAGCAUGCCAGACCAUUAGGUAGUGAUCAAUCUGAAAUGCCGAAGAAGAACAUCUUAUGCCUGCAUAUCGAGCUAGCAGCAAUAAAACAGCAGUUCGUACAGUGUUGAAUUAAAAACCCCUUUAGACUCUGUUUACACACGGACGAAAGGCAAUGAAAGACAUAUGUUUUCAAAAACAUCUGCACACAUGUGGGCAGGGCCUCAGAGAUGUAUUUCAGUUUCGGGAACAUUAACACAGAGCUUGUCCUUACUUUUGCUUAAAUAGUGGCACAAUGAUGCAAAGCAAAAAUCUACCAUCCCUAACUAAGGCAUGCUAGCUGGCUAGCAUUCUUAGCAAGCGAUUUUUACCUUUCUAGCUUUAAUCGUUCUAUUUCGAUGCCAGACAGCUUUAUUUUGCCAAGCUGUCACUUUGCUAACAACUGACCUUUAAACUCGCUAGCAUUUAACUUUUUAUGCUGCAGGAGGCAAUGUUCCAUUAAAUAGCCUCUUGAAAUUCAUUGACAAAGGAGUCCUCACAAAACAGGGUAACAGUUGCAAAAAGUCCAGAUCUGGCUUGCUAGUCUUGUGUUCAUAUCGCCAUUACUCAGCAGUUUUUAGGUGUCAGUUUGGGGAACAUCCUCAAGCAUUACUUAUCACUUUUUACUCAAACUAUAAUCUGAUCAGCUCUAUCCUAAGCAUCAGCCCGUUAAUCGGCAAAUUUUCUCAGCUAGCAAUUCUUUAACAGCGUUUAGCUAGCAUGAGUUACCUUGCUAGCUUUGUGCCUAUUAGCUGUGUUUACUGUUAGCGACACCUUGCCAGUUAUUAGUUUUUACAGACAGCUGUUGGUCUAUGUUUAACUGUCAUUUUGCUGAUGAAAAUUGGCCAACAGCAAAUUUUAAAUUGGUCAGCUAGCGAAGCUGGCUCACUUUUUGCCUUUUUUGGCAGUCUGGUGGCUAGCCUUAGCCUUUUUUUUAGCCAUAGCCUGUUAGCUCUCCACUGCUGGGCCUUAUGAAGCACAGUGUUUUUUGAAGGUUUGCAAAGAGGAGGGAGGAAAAGAUGAGAAGAAAAGGAGGAAAAGAUGAGAAGAAAAGCAUGUUUGAGUGAACUGACGGCCUUUUGUUACUUUUUUAAUUCGCUAAAUCUGAUUGUUAAGGACACAAAAUGGCGGAAGGAGUUGUGAGGAUGUGAAGGAAGGUGGAGAGACAGUUAUUCAAAAGUUCUGUUUUAAUCAAAGGGCUCUGAGAAAAAAAAGGUCAUUGAAGGAGAAAUAAUGAAAUAUGGUGCAAGCAUUUAGCAUUUUUAAACCAAGGAAGCUGAUUCACUUAGUAAUUGAUUUUAAAGGCUGUUAACUCAUUUCAACCAGAUUUUAAUACAAAAAAAGCUCAUAUAUGUUAAUUUAAAGCUGAUAAAAGAGGAAAUAUUGUCUAAAGCGCUGUAGUAGUCAAAGUUUGUGUUGCUGACAGGAGAUUUUUCAUCCUAAACUUCAAAUCUUUUCCUCUGAAGUUUAGCUCUUUGUACAUUGAUACAUCCUACAUUUAACAAAAAUCACAGUUCAAGUUUUGAAAUAAGAUUUAAAAAGAAGUGGACUGAUGAAAGCUCUAGGGUUUAAUUAAAAGUAACACUAAACAUAUCCUCUAAAUCACACAUAAGUAAAUAUCAUUAUCCAAAAGGGUCCAGUCACAUCAGUAUGCCCUGCCAUCACUUUUGUGUUUCAGUAAAACUGCAGACAGUGUCGGACUAAUCAUGUAAACAUGGCAUUUGUCCAUCCUAUUCAGAGCCAGCAUAACAGACAUAUGGUGACUUGCUACCUGUAUUUUGAACCAGAUUUUUCAGGACAGUUAAGAAACAAUCUCCGAUACAGGUCAGUGGAAACACAUCAAGUGCGUGUGAGGUGAGUUUGGAAGUUUACAUUGCCCUCAGCCGUCAUCAUGAGCUUAACCUAAUUGUUGAGUUUCACAUCACACGCAUAGCCAUGUAAAUGCUGACUCGGCAUCAAGCUGUUUUUGGAUUCAUGCAAGUGGGAGAGCAGAGAAACAGGUUCAUGUACACCUGGAGAAACCACAUUUUUAGCCAUUGAAUCACCAAUAGAGAAGCCUUUUCUUUCUCUGCAAGUAGGACAGAAGAUAAUGUCUAUAUUCUGUGAAAUAUUUUACAUUUCAUUUUACAAGGAAAUUAGAAGUUUUCCAGCAGUAUAAGUUUUUGCAGCGUGUGAAUAGGUGGAGUGUACAGAAAAUUUCUUAAAUCAUGAUAAUAUAUAAAUUGCGUGAUACAGUUCAUUAAAAUUUACCACAUUUUAGUUGGGUAUACCUCCUCAAGGCUGGGUCACCUGCGAUGUAAAAACAAAUUUAAAGCUCGUGUAUGCAACUUUCAGGUUGCCUUGAUUUUGGUGCCCCCAGUGGACAGAGCAAAAACACUUGCUUCUUUGCAAGUCUUGACCCGUGUUUGUGGAAAAUGGUGUUAUCUCUUAAAAAACUCUAAUGCCUUCCAUAAAUGGUCAAAUGUAUUACUCAUUGUGAAGGUUUGCAAGGUAAAUGAAGCUUAACACUCUUAGUCAGUGUCAUAAUGUAAAAAAUCUCUUACAAGAGCUUUAAAGUAAAACCAUGAAAAACAAAUGAAACUAUUCCAGCGAAAUUAUCACAUUAUCAGAAAUCAAGUGAAGGCUCCCAGAACGAAGCAAAGCGUGUCAUAAAUAUUAUGAGAAAAGAUUUUAAUCAUGUCAUCAGCUUCAGUGAAAGUUACGACAAUAAGAGUAUUAUUGUUUCUGUCUUCAUUGACCUGGUGCAUGCUGGGACCGUCUGCACCUUCCUGCAGGUGCAAACUGGAUCAGCCAGUAUACCCAGCUUUAUCUGUCUUUAUCUGCUGUAGCCUGUAAUCUCAACAUCACAUGAAGGAUCACUGCUUUAAAGGGCACUUCCUGAUGUGACUGACCCUGAUUCUGUCAGUAAACAAUGAUUUGUGUAACAGCAAUCCCUGCACAUACAGGAGAUAAUUAGGGCCAGGCAAGGAAUUAAAAAAAAUAUAUACAGGCAAAAAUAGUUUAUUUUUGUGUCUGAAGAAUAAGGAGAAAAUGGAUUGAGUCAAUGGAUUCAAGUAUGUUGGUCCUUAAAGUAAACUGCAGAAACAUUCAGUGAACACAAAAACUGUCAGAUAUUUUACCAAAUGCAAAAACAUUAAAAAUUUAAAAUGUUUCAUCAAGUGCUAAAAUCACAAUUCAAAUGUUUGAAAAAUAUCCCUGAAUAUGCCAAAAACACCUGUUUUCUUUCACAAUUCUUAAAAGGAAAAAAAAGUAUUUAGUCUAACUUUUAGACCAGUACAGUUGCCUUAAAAGUCAACUGCAAAUACAUUUUAUUAAAAGAAAAAAGAAAAAAAUUCUCUGGGAUGCAGGUUAACAUUGAAAAUAUUACAGAGCAAGUACUAAAAUGAGUCACAGGUGUUUUUAUGGUGUCAUAUGUCCAGCAUUAUUUUUAUUAGUAAUUCUUUUAUUCUUGUAAAAGUGCAUUACAUUCAAUAUUUUAAGUUUGAAUAUAUAUAUAUAUAUUUUUUGCAGUUGACUAUCAGGGCCACCAUACUUUGGGUCAGGUAAAACAAUAUAAAUAAGAGGAGGAAGUGUAAAAGUCAGUUUGCCUUUUGCUGACAUCAAAAAAUAGAAAAUAAAUUCUCAGAAUCUUUUUUUAAAUCUAUAUACUAAAUUUUCAGACGUCUUUGUAAUAUUUUGACAUUUCUUGUAUAAUUGAUUUUUUUUCCUCUGCCUGGCACUGUUUCUCAAUUUUAGCAAAAAAGCUAUGAAAGAUAAAAUAUUAGACUGCAUUAAAAAAAAAAAAAAAGGUAAAAACUAAAAAAAAAGUUAAAGUGUAAACAAGCAGAUAUUCUCUGACUGACUGUUAAUGUUUGAAACUAAAGGUAGUAUUUUAAAAAAGGAUCUUUAAAUGUGAUCAAGGAGGUGAGGGAAGGGGUUUGAAGACACGUCUAAUUUAUUUUCCACAAUUUAAUUAAUAUUUAUUAAUCAAAUCUACAAAUUAACUAUGAUGUGCUGUUCACAGUGUAUACUUGAAUUUAUGUGUGUGUGUAAGUCUGUGUGUGUGUUUGUGUGUGUGUGUAGCAGUGUGUAUGUAAAAUGUUUAUUUUUAAAGCUUGUUCCCUCACAAAAACACAUAUAGUUAAAACACACACACACAAACAUAUCUGAACGCACUCUGCAGUUUGGCUCCACCCACUUAAGGAUGAGUUACACUGGGGUGAGGAUGGAGGAGGAAAAAGAGGAGGAAGAGGAGGAGGAGGAGGAAGUAGGCCGCCAUCGGCCUGGCAACUGUGAUGUAAUGUAGCACAUGAGGAAGUGGAGGACCAUGACAGUGAUGCACAGAUGGAACUGAUAAUGUAAACACACAGACACUACCUGCUCCGCCCAUCUCAGGGGAAGCUCCGCCCCCUCCUGGACCUAGACAGGAAUGAGGAAGUAACUGAUCGAUAAAGAGGAAGAGAAGUGAGGAGGGGGUGGUCCUCUCUGAUGUUUUUUUUGUUGUUUGUUUUCUAAAGAUUUGAUUGGUUGGUUGGUUGAUUGUGUUUUUUAAUUUUGUAAUUUUUUUAGUGAGACGAGUGCUGAGAGUCGUAACUUUGUGCCUUCAGUAUCUCAUCGCCAUGCCACGUCAACCCAGCACACACACAAACACACACAGACACACACUUCUGUACAGUGGUCAUAUCUAGACAACAAUACUUGCUGAUAUUUUACACCAAAACUCAUUUUUGUAGAAAUCAGGAGGUAAUCUUUCAGAGCAGCUCACAAUGAUGUCAUGAUUUAGUGGCCAAAGCCUGCAUUCUGAUUGGCUCCUUGUUAUUUUAGCAAAGCCCAAAGAUGCCAUGUUAACUCUCUGACAUUUGACCCCUGACCCAAGGCUCCUUGCCCCACCUUAAAUCAGUGUGACCAUAAAAAAACGAAAGCUUUAUACUUGUCUUUUUUUAGUAUUUUUUUACCAGCCAGCAACCUGACACACAAUCAGGGCCCGUUUCCACUGACAGAUAUUUUUUUCUUCAACAGCACCCACAGCUUCAUUUUCAUGAGUGUGAGUUUCCAGCAUGUACCAACAAUCAGUUAUGAAAGUCGUAUCACAAUAUGACACCUCCAACUUUAGUGAUUGGUAACCCCAUUUUCAAUUACUCUGCAUGCUUCAUAUUCUCAUAUUCAAGACAGUUUUCCCCAUAAAAUGUAAACAAUAGAUCAGAGCUGUGUCCUGGUAUUAGCAGCAGCUUCUCACCAGUAAGUAUAACGCCCAAAUCCAAGUGUGAUCGGUAAACUCACGGCUAUUGUUGCUAAUAGAGUUUAAAUCAGAAGUCACGCUCUGUCUUGACUGUAAUUGGUUGUGAAUAAAGAAGUUUUAUUGAGAAGCAUGGCCAUAUUUCACAAGUUAGCCAAUUUUCAACUAAGAGUGAAGUGACCAAAAGCAGCUUAAGAGAGUGUUUAGCACUGAAAACAUCGAACUAAAUUAGUUAUCUGUGGAUAAAGGGUGCUCCUAGGGCUAAAAGAGAAAAAGUGCAUUCAGUGGACACAGGCCCUUAUUUCAGUUGUCUUAGAUGCAGCGUCAAUAGUUGCUAUUCUUCUAGAAGCCAAUUACUGCCAGAAGACAGUAAUGGACCAAAAACAGCUAAAGAGGGUGUCUUUAUGAAAUCUCAUUACUGCCAGAAGAAUAGACAUCUAAUACAGUCAAUUAAAGUCAAAACUAAAGUAUUGAGGAAAACUGAAGUAUUUCAGGGAGAAAUAUUCAUUUAUUUUAUAUUGAUGUUAAAUAAAUAUCAAAUAAAUGAAUAUUUUUUACAAACUAAGAUUAGGCCUGUUGUGGUGACAUUUUAUGAUCUUAGAAUUUUUACUUUACUUUUUUACCGGGAAUUUUUCUAUUGGACUUUGUAAUUGUCUUUAAAUUUCCUUCUAUGACCCUUUUUUUUAACCAAAAGAAACACUGACAUAUUGACUGAAAUUGAGUCCGAAAAAAAUAUCAAUAUAAAAGUUAUUACCUGUAUUAUCAAAACUGGGUCUGCACAGUGUUUACAGAGCCAGCAGAGCAGGCUAACACACCAACAACCCAUUGUAGCUGUAAGCAAAGCACCUUUGACAUCUACAGGUGUGUUUCUGUGCGUGUUGGGGUGAGGGGGGAUUUAAACCAUGGCUGCACAAUGUACAGACACAUAUCAGCCAACUGUCGCCACAGGACAAAAUGGCGACACCUGCUGACGACAGGGCUAAGCUAACACUAGCCGAUCGACCGCUAGCCUCCAGGCGCUAGCUGCUGCACUGAUAUUUUCUCAACAGUGAAGCUAACACUAGCCUACUGCUAACUGACUGCUAGUAGCACCUAGCAAAAUGGUGUUUUAAAGCAUUCUUCUACAUGUUGGUACCUCAGACUGCUCAGUUAUCAUUAUUAUUAUUAUUAUGAUUAUUACUGUUGUCAUUGUUGUGACUAACACCCAGGGCAUUUGGUUGAAUCUACCAAAGUGCAUUCCUUUACAAAGCUAGCUGAGAGCUAGCUGCUCAAACAGAAACACAGGUAGGUAGAGAGAAAGGUGAGACAGAGAGUCAAAGUAAGUGAUUGAAGAGGCAAUCGGAGGAGCUGCCUUUCAGACAUAAAGGAGGGAAGCAGAACACAUGAUGGUGUUUAUUUUUUAUUUUUAUGUUGUUUUUUUUAGGCUGCAGUCCUACAGGAACAUGAAGUCUUUAACCGACCUCUUGGUAGCAUAAAUAAAAAGACUUUCUCUGCUCGUGUGAAAGCAGCUGUAGCCUAACUAGCCCGCUAGGUUGUUAACAUGCUAGCCAGUUAGCCUACUAGCUCAUUCGCUAUUCGGCUUCUAUCAGGAGGUCUCUGCAGCCAGAAGUUAGCGUGAAGCUGCGCUGCAUUUCUGUGACGUUUGCCAGCUGGGUUUUAUUGUGGAUUUUAUCUGUAAAUAAUGUGGAAAAUGUUUGAAUAAUAAUUUUUUCUGGGGUUGAAUGCGAUGCUGUGCCACGUCAUGGCCAGUUUUACAACGUACUGUAUCUACUGUACAGAACACAAAAGUUGACACUUUUUCUAGUGAGCCUUUGUUAAAUUUUAUUGUGGUGGAAAAAUUAUUAUUAUUAUUAAUAAAACAGUUUUAUUGUUCAUCUGUCA